UACUUGUUUUGAAGCCAAGGUUGUGAAUUGGGUGAAAAUAGAGAGACCCAGAAGGGAAAAAAGUGAUUUUUUUGAAUGGGAAGUUAGAAAAAUGGAUUGAGAUUUUGAAAUUUGGUUUGGUUAUUUAGAAGAUAGAUUCAAAGUUUGUGUAUGAGAUGAUGGGAGGUCGCUGUUUCUGGGGGUGGUGUGGCCCAUAGCACAAGGUAAUUGAUGUGCCAAUUGCUGAAUGUUGUGGCAGGGAGAUUUUACAGAAGCACUUUUUGAAGCCCACCCCCACCCCCUCCACUCUAUUUUCCCCAAUAGGUGACACUCCUUAUACACAAAAACAACUAGAUUGAACAUCAAACAUUGGGGGUAAACUAUCUUAAAUUAUUGAAGAAGACAAGGAAUGGAGAAAGAAAGCUACCCUUUUUCUCUCCCUUUUCUCCAAAACCCAGCAAGAACUGUCCCAUUGCUAACUGGGGAAUGAAAAUGGAGGAUUAAAAGAGAGAGAGCAAAUGCAAAUCAUCCAAACCCAUCUUCAGUACUACCACUGAUUUUUUGGGAGCUAAGAGUUUCGAAUCUUUUCUUGAUUUUUUCCUUUUUGUCUAUUCGUCAAGGAUUUUUGUGUUUCUGACUGGCUUAGCUACGGGGGAACGAAGAUGCCGCGGCCAGGCCCCAGACCGUACGAGUGCGUGCGGAGAGCUUGGCAUAGCGAUAGGCACCAACCCAUGAGAGGUUCCAUUAUUCAGCAAAUUUUCAGGGUUGUCAAUGAGAAUCAUACCCCUGCUACUAAGAAGAACAAGGAAUGGCAGGAGAAGUUGCCGAUUGUUGUUUUGAAAGCUGAAGAAAUCAUGUAUUCUAAAGCUAAUUCCGAGGUUGAGUAUAUGAAUCUUGAGACGCUUUGGGACCGUUUAAAUGAUGCUGUCAACACAAUAAUUCGAAGAGAUGAAAGUAGUGAGAGCGGUGAGCUUUUGCCUCCAUGUGUUGAAGCUGCACUUAACCUCGGUUGUGUUCCGGUACGAGCUUCUAGAAGCCAACGCCAUAGCAACCCGAGGACUUAUCUUACUCCAAGGGGACAAGAACCAACAUCUACUCUUGCCACUACGUUGAAUAAAGCCACCGAUGAAAGAUGCCUGCCGAUAUCGUCAUUACACCAUGGCAACCAGUUGAACUUUGCAAGAGCCAAGACUAUAAACUCCAGUUUUUUUGCUUCAGAGCGCAGUAGCCAAAUAAAACAACAUAACAACCCUACCAUUCCAAGUAACCCUGCUUUCUUGAUUGAGAAUGUCCCAGUUGUUCAUAACAACUAUUCGAUGACUGAGACCAACGCCCCACUUAAUUUGGGAUCUGUUUAUCCAUUGUAUUAUGGAAUUCGUUGUCAAAAUGAAGAAUCCGACUUAGGUUCCCAGCUUUCAGCAGACGCCAAUCAACGGACUAUAUUUUUGGGUAGACCAAUCAUAUCAAGUGCGGAGCCUGCUGAGCACAGCCUUCGCUCGUGCAAAACUGGAAAUGCUAUGAGCAGAUUCCCAUCAGAAGUUAUCACAGCCAGAGAAGAGAAACUACCAGACACAGAAUGUGAUUUAUCUUUAAGGUUGGGUGUACCUUCCCAGCCAUGUGUGAGCACUAGGAAAACUUGGGCUCUUGAAACUGGAGACAUUGCUCCAAGCAGUUCCCAUGAGAGGCGCAAAUUCCAUGAUCAAACCAUUUACGCGAAUAAAGAAUUCAGUUUUUUCCCAACCAGAACUGCAUCUGAUCCCUUCGGUUCUUGUACAAAUUUGUGGAGUUCAGAGGGUGGUGGUCAGAAUCCAGAAUCUUCCACAAGAAAACGCAAAGAGCCAUUUUGUAGCAAUGAGGAGGAUGAACCAUUUUGUUUGCCACCUGAGGUUCCAUCUUAUUGGUUUGACAGUCAAACUAAAGGGUCAGGUUUGUAGACAGUUUUUCCAUGUUGUGGCAUAUAAAAUCGGAAAUCUUAAAGUUUCCCAUAAUGUCGUAUUGUCACCAAUGAGAACUAUUCCUUUUGUAGCUUUAGCUGAAAUUUUAUAAUAUUUGAGUCUCAACUACGCAGAACUGUAUAAUAGAUCAGGCCCUCCAAACAUGUAAGGUGAUACAUUGAGUUGAGUGAACCCUUAACCAACAUGGUUAGAAUAGAAAUCUGAAUAGUAUAACUACGAACGGUUACUUUAAUUGAGGCACAUAA